UGAUAGACCUAGAUAAUAACUUAUAAGUAGUCUAGUGGACCAAAAGAGUACUUUCAAGUAUAGUAAGGUAUCAAUGCCAACGAAAGUGAACAAAUGCACCUGAAAGAGCUCUCAGACAAAGGUAGAAAAGAUACGGCGUCGUGUGGCUGAUUAAGUGAAGUUGGUAGCCUAAUGCCGACUGUAUUCAUUGUUGUCGCUGGGCGAAUAGGGACAAGAUAAAAAAUGUCUUCAGAGGAUGAUGAUGGAUGUGUGAUUCGGGUAAGAGGUCUGCCAUGGUCGACAACUGCAGAAGAAGUUUACAAGUUUUUUGAAGGUGCAAAUAUCCAAGGUGGAGAAGAUGGUGUCCACUUUACAUUCUCUAGAGAAGGAAGACCAAGUGGAGAAGCUUUUAUUGAAUUUGAAACUCCGGAUGAUGUAGAAGUGGCUAUGGGAAAGCAUAAUGCUCACAUGGGUACAAGAUAUCUUGAAGUGUUCCGAUCAAAGCGAAGUGAAAUGGAAUGGGUUAUAAAAAGAGCUGGACCAAAUCAGCACGAAAGUUUAAAUGAAGCAUGCGUUCGGUUACGUGGGCUACCUUUUGGUUGCUCGAAAGAAGAAAUUGCUCAGUUUUUCACAGGGUUGGAGAUUGUACCUAAUGGGAUAAUGCUACCUGAGGAUCGACAGGGGCGCAGCACGGGGGAGGCCUAUGUCCAGUUUUCAAACCAAUCCAUAGCGGAAAAGGCACUGGGGAAACACAAGGAAAGAAUAGGGCACAGAUACAUUGAAAUCUUCAAAAGCAGUCUGAGCGAAGCUCAUUCUGCAAUUGGUAACCGAAACAUCCGACCUUUAAUGGGAAGUUCUAUGGGUCGACCUAGUCCCUAUGACAGAAAUGACAGAUACGGAAUGGGUGGAGGUGGUGGAGGAAUGGGUAUGGGAAUGAGUGGUAAUUUUGGUCGUGGACGAGGAGGACGUCAGAUCAAAGGAUUUUAUGAUGAUGAUUUUGAUGAUUAUAAUAGUGGAGGGUAUGGAAGUGGAAUGGGCGGGGGAUUUGGCAGCAGUGGGGGUGGUAUGAACAGAAGAGGGGGAAUGAGAGGACGUGGUGGUAUGAAUCGUAUGGGUGGUGGAGGCGGUAGUGGUGGUGGAGGUUCAAUGAACAGAAUGCCAGGAGCCCAGCCAGGUAGCCAGUACCAGAGUAAAACUGGUCAUUCAGUCCAUAUGAGAGGUUUACCCUUCCAAGCUCUUCAAUCCGAUAUUCAAGAUUUUUUCACACCAUUGAGACUUGUUAAAGUUGAGUUUGAAUAUGGACCCAAUAAUCGUCCAACAGGAGAAGCUAAUGUAGAUUUUGAAACGCAUCCAGAUGCUGUUGAAGCCAUGAAGAAACACAAAAGUAACAUGCAACACCGAUAUAUUGAGUUGUUCCUCAAUUCUACACCUGGUGAUAAUUACAGUGGGGGAGAUAACUACAGUAGCAGUAUGGGAGGAAUGGGAAAUGGUGCUAGUAAUAAUUUAAGUAUGGGGGGAGGUAAUAGUAUGGGGGGCGGCGGUAAUAUGGGAGGUGGAUCAUAUGGUGGACCAGGAGGUAACUUUAAUACAGGUGGAGGAUAUGGAGGUGGAGGAGGAGGAGGUAUGAAUGCUUACAGUGGUGGAUACAACUAAUUUAGAAGAAAAGAAGCAACUGAUCUUCAAGAAAAAUCUAUUCUCGUGCUUUUCUUAUGAUUUUUUUAAAUAUUUUCUGUAUCCCAAGAUAGGGUCAAUAGAUGUUGUUUAAUUGUGGAAACAGAACUUUAUUUUAUUAAUCUCAGAAAAUAAUAUGUAAUGUCUAUUUUAUAUAUUGAUGUCUAGUUCAUAUUUAUAAUUUGACAUUCACAGAAUACUAAUGGGACUAAAAAAUCCUCAACUUUUUCUUGUUUUUAUUUCAAAGAUUCAUCGCAAUCUGUGGGCAGUUGGAAAACAUAUUUGUUUUAUAACAUGUAUAUAAAGGGGUUCAUUGUUAAAAGUUCAUAUGUAAGGAAACAGUUCUUGGUGUACCUUUAUUCAUUGUCAUAAGAUAAUUUAUUUAAUGUCUUGACAAGAUCCAGAUUUUAAAAAAUUCCUGAAGAUUAAGUCACAACUUACAGAUUUAUCAUUGUGUAUAGUGUAUGUUUUCAUAACAGAAAAAUAAACUGCUUUUGCUGCUAUUAGUAUCAUUUCAUUUAUCAUUGUAUGCUUUCAAUAGAUAAAAAUUAUUUUCUGAAAGUCAAA